CUCGGAACUUGCCGUACAAGGCACCACAAACUAGGACCCCGGGACAGGGCCAACCUGGUAGUCUUGCUCACUGUUCAGAACAGCGAGUGGUGUCAACGCACUAGGUCUUGAGCUUCAGCCUCAACGAACUAUUCAGAUUAAUCUUCAAACAUGUCGUUCGGGGCAGGUACCAAUGUCUUUGGCACUAGUAAUACCGGCGUGUCCAUCUUCGGGCAAUCUAACGCGCCAAAGCCCACCACUUCGCUCUUUGGAAAUACGCAGCCCUCCUCCGGAGCGGGAACCACAACGACGGGCUUCGGUGGUUUCGGGGUGCAACCCCAAACCCAGACACAGCAACCUGCUCAAGGAAGUUCUGUGUUUGGAGGAGGUGCUUUCGGACAGACACAGCAACAACAGCCGUCCGGACCGACUUCGAUGUUUGGGCAGCCCGCACAACAGCAACAGCAGCAGCAGCAGCAGCAGCAACAACAACAACAACAACAACAACCUACGUCUCUAUUUGGGCAGCCUCAACAGCAGCCAUCGGGUACAUCUUUGUUUGCAAACCCUUCAACAAUAAAUACGACUGGGCAGCAGACUGGCGGCGCAUUUGGAAGCACUCAGCCGCAACAGUCUACUAGUCUCUUUGGGAGCACUCAGCCGCAACAAUCUACUAGUCUCUUUGGGAGCACGCAACCGCAACAAUCAACCACGGGGACAUCGAUAUUUGGGCAACAAAGACAAUCAUCUACCACACCCAUAACCGGACCUGCACCUUUUUCAAAAUCUACGAAGUUUAAUGAUCUUCCGGAUGAUAUCAAGAGGACGUUUGAAACUAUCGACUCGCACAUUCAGGGACGUAUACAAAUAAGCAACGAGCUUAAACAGCGAAAAAUGGGGGAAGAGGCGAUCAAGGGCCAGGAGUUAAUUCGCGAAUUGCACAAGGAGCUGCUUGGUGUAUCCUCCGUUAUUCAGUCGGACUCUCUCUUCGCCAAGGACCUGAAAGUGAAGACUGAACAAGCAGUUCAAGAUACGAUUGUCGCAACCAACAUAAUCGAGGGCUUUAAAAACCCGCACCAAAGCGCAGCAUAUCUCAAGAAUCAUGCUUCGUUCCCUCUGGAAUUCUUCACCCGUGUCACGCAAGAGAUGCAGGAGCGUCUGCAGUGGUUCAAAAACACUAUCGAGCAAAUCGAGCGGAAACUAUCCGCAUCGGCAUCCCAAUCUCAAAAUACACCCCAAGCAAUUUCAUCCACCCUCCAGACGCAACAUGCCAUAUUCGUUUCGCUUGCGGCUAGGACUGCGGCUGUUGACGCCGAAGUUCAAAAGGUAAAGGCGUUGUACACACAACUGUGGCGCGCGAAAACGGGGAGCAUGCGUGACCCUUUUAAUGAACUUGACCGCGGUAGUGGAGGAGAGUUUGGGAUGGAGUCGCUACAGGUCAAGUGA